CUUAAAUUUAUAUAUAACCUGAAUGACAGCUAUCACAAUGGAGAAGAAGUAUGAAGAGAAGUACUGCUGGAUCUGCCACACCAGUCUUGAUACUGAACAAGAUGAGCUUGAAAGAAUCCAGAGCUUGUAUUUGGAUACAAAACCCAAAGUUCAGACAAAGACACAGAGGUACUGAAAUUGUAAUGGUUCGAUGAGUCAUGUUCACCAACAAUGUCUCAGCAGUUGGCUUUCAUCAAAGCACAAAGACUUGCUUAACGACAGAUGAGCAUAUCCUUGGAGAAAGCUCCCCCCUCUCAAGUGAAAGAUGUGUAAACAGGCUUACAGAUAUUCUUUCACAAGACAGCUUAAGAUCAGAAAGUCUGAUUUCACAUUGGUCUUCCUUGUGAUGGCCCAAAUUAUUAUCUUUGCAUUAGAUUUAUUCACUAAUAUGGAAGGAACAGUCAAUUCUUGAGUGUCUUCGAGCAAUUGCACCAAUACUUGUGACAACCAGAUCACAGUUAGGCUUGCUAAGGAUAGAGGAACUCUCAGAUCUAUUUGGGACGUUUUUAGUAUUGGGAAGAUAUAUUACCAGGAUGGAAUAGCCUCAGUGAUUUAUAUCUCAGCAAACUUAUUGACAUUAAUCACCGUAGCAAUAUUGAUCAUAGCUGGGAUUUAUAAUGUGUAUCAUGGUCUUACGAAAACAGUCAAAGUUCACCCAAUAAAAUCGAUUUCUAAGUAAUUUUUAA